UAUUAAAUUUUUGAUACUUACCACUGAACCAGUUCGAUAAAACGUGAUGAUUAUACUGUAAUAUAGGCCUACCGACGCGAAUAUGGUCUUGUAUAACACUGAAGGGGCUUACCUCACAAGUAAGGUGAAUGACGUGGUCAUGCAUUAAAAGUGUGACCACUCCUUGCUGGCCUUGGCCUGGGUUGGGCACUGCAUAACCUCCUAACCAUACCACAUUCUUAACAUUCCCUUCUUACAACCCAACAAGGAAAACAAAACGCAUUAGAUUGCUAUGAAUUAAACCCACUGGACAAACAGGUGCUACUGGAAAAUCAAGUAUCCAGGCUCCAUGACAUCGGAGAAACCCAAACACUUCACGCAGAGCGCCUAUGAGGAUCCAUGCCUCAGCUGAGCUCUGGAGAUGUGUGGAGCUGCUUGGAGCGGAGCAGGAGUCGUGGGAGAGGAGAACAGGAUGGAGAAGCGGAGGGGAGAGAGAUGCUGGACGAAAUGAUCAGCCGAGAGUCGGAGGAGGAGACUGAGAGAGUGCAGAGAUGGAUGAGACUGCACUGGAGAAACUGGCCAAAAUGGAGUAAAUGUUUGUUUCCCUUAGCAGUCGCGUGGUUGGUUCUGCUACAGGAAUCUCCUCUGCACCCCUCUAUCAGUUUGACUGAAGCCGGGACUCGACUGCUCCUCGCUGGCCUGCUGUGUGGAGCGUUGUGUCUUUGUUUUUUAGCUCCAAAGUUCUUCCUCUGCUAUAAAGCGAAAGUAAAGCAGGUGCCCCUGCAGAACGCUGAGGUUGAAGUGAGAAAGGUUGCUGGAAACCAGCAAACAUGUGUACCAGCACAGCAGGAUGCAGGUCAUCUCGCAGCCAAGGUUAAUGUUCUGGCAGAUGGCUUAGUGGUUUCUAUCCUUCAUGAGCCCCUGCCGGACUCCAGCGAGCCUCACAUACGAGACCUCCUCACCAGACUGGAGGCUGUGUCCCGGGCUCUCCAGAAAGGGGCCAGCAAUGGGGAUGAAAAUGAGAAAUGUGCACUACAAGAUAGAGUUAACCAUAUAAUCUCUUACCUGCUGGACAGGGUGAAGUGUCUGCGCUCUCUGCUGCAGGUCCAGCGUGAGAGUGAGGUGAGUGUAUGUGAAGUUCAGUCUGGUCUACAGAAGCGCUGGGCUCUUCUGGAAAAACUACACACCAGAGUGACCCUGAGACCUGACAGUAAACCGGAAGUGAACGAGCCGAACGCCGUCCUCACGGACACUGAGAACUUAUUGACUGAGAUUGGCCAAUUCAAAAGUAAAGUUCAAGAGUGCCGGACGAAGUUGGAAACUAGUAUACAGCUAUUACAGGCACUUCGCAGCAGUCAUCAGGGUCUGUCUGAGACAGUGAACACUUCAGUUGACUCCACAUGGACCAAACCAUUAUUACAGUCCGACACAGAUCUGUUUUCAGAGAUCCAUGAGGAUUUUACAUCUUUGGAACAGCAGACGUCCAAUUUUGUGAUCCACUUGAGGGGACUGAAUGCUCCUGAAGUGAAGACCUGUUUGUCUCUUUUUUCACAAGCCUCUCCUCGAUUAUCUCUCCCUGCUGUCCCAGUGUACAUCGCUGCUUCAGAUCCAUCACCAUCAUCACAUUCUGAUUCUGAAGAUGAUUCAGAAGUCCCGCAGAAAUCUCAAUCCAAACUGUCUCCCUUCCAACUCCUCUGUGGGAUAAGGAGAAGGAGGUCAUCGCCGUGAUUUUGAUAGGAGGUCAUCUUCAGGGUUUUAAACAUAAGAAUCUACAAUGUGUUUUGCAAAGUUUGCAUUUUGAAGUCAACUGUAGAUACGCAAGUAAAAAAGAAAUACUAUAAAACAGGAAUAUUGUUAAGUAUAUAGGACAUAUGACUUUAUAUACAUAUAUAUAUAGUAAGGCAGAACUUUCCUAAGAUAUAAGGGUUACUAACUGUGAAAAUAAUUGUUUGUUGGACAGUUAUACAAAUGUAUUUUUUAUAAACCAUAUACAAAAGAAAUAUUUUUAAUGGCCUGUUGAGCAGGUGUACUGAAUCAUAUAUGCACUGAAUGUACGCAAUAUUAAAUUAUAUUAUAUUAUAUAUGUUAACUUGUGACAUUGUACUUAUGUGUAAAUAAAAACAUAUAUUUGUAUUUUUUAUUGUUGAAUCGAAGGAUAUUCAAAGGCAUUUUAAUAGUGGUAACAUAUGAUGUAAUAGGUUUAACAUGUGCAGAAUAAACAAAAACAUACACAUAUAAAUUUACAUUUGGGUCAAUGACAAAACAUAAAAAAUAUUUUUAAAAUACAUGUAACGCAAAUUUUUAAGCAAGAAAUAA